CACACGCUCAGGAUGCCCAUACAAGGAGCUGUGUAUUAUUCCCAUGGAAAUUUACCAAGGGCGCACCUGCGACACUGAUCUGUGUGUUCUUUGUAUUCAAUUUGCUAGACAGUAUGUGAGGCAUUUUCAUUUGUUUAGCUGUUAUAUUAAUAUUCUUCCUUGCAACUUUGCAACUGCAUGUCUAUAAUAAUAAUAAUCAAAAAAACAAGGAAUGAGCAUUGAAGACCUAUGUUCGGUUCAAGAAAAACAUACAGAAACACAUCAGCAACAUUUCCAGGAACUUUUAUUACCAGGAAUUUAUUUACCAGGGGAAAAUAAUUGCCGGUAAUCUGUGUGGUUUACAUUUCCACCACAUGUCAAAGUACCUGAAAAUGUAUUCAACUCAGGCUGAUGACAUACAGGGGAGUGGUGUAAGGGAGUGCCACUGUUUAAACACAUGCAAAAUGUGUUCCAUCAAUCCUGGUAAUCUGAAGAAUCUGAAAGUUUUCCCCGGGUAAUUUCGCUGUGGUUUUUUAAAAUCCUGGAUAAAUCAGAAAACUUCCUGCAGCUACAGAGAAUUACUGUCACCUGGGUGUCUCUCUGCCUUAUAGUAAUUAAGACUUUGAAAUUGUAAACAUGUCAUUGCUUCACCUGUAAUCUGUCCACCUGUUCAAGGUGUAGCCCAUUCAUAAUUACAGCAGCGUCAUCACUUAAUCUGUGCCAAGUAUGUACUGAUGUCAAGUUAUGUCCUAAAGCAUGAUGUGUCAGACAGGAACCUGUAAAGUGUUUGACAGCAGUAAAAAGACCUACAAUAAUAUGAUAAGUGAAGUGUGGUGGGUUUGUGUUUGCAAUGUUGUUGCUCUCAGUCAUCGACACAUGUGUGUUUCUGCUGCCGUUCACUGGUCAACGUGUGCUCAUCUCUCCAACCAGUGCCUUAUGUGAUAGUGGAAGAUAAAUCCUGUUAUGUGAAACCUGAUUACUGCCUAUAAUCCAUGGCUGUGUGUGUGUGUGCACAUGUUAUUACUGUUGCUGUGUUACUAGCCACUGCAGUAAUCUGCAGCACUAUAAAUAAUCACUUUGAUUUUCCUCCCUCUGUGGAUAAAAUUGACUUUCUCAUGUCGGCGCGGUGGUGGUGCGUCACAUGGCAGCAUGGAAACACCUGCAGUAGGACGUAAUGAGCCCCUGAAGAAGGAGCGGCCAAAAUGGAAGAGUGAAUACCCGAUGACGGAGGGUCAGCUGAGGAGUAAGAGAGAUGAGUUCUGGGAUACGGCGCCAGCCUUUGAUGGACGGAAAGAGAUCUGGGAUGCACUGAGAGCAGCCGCCUUGGCUGCAGAGUGCAAUGACCUGGAGCUGGCACAGGCUAUAGUGGAUGGAGCCUGCAUUACUCUGCCACAUGGAUCCCUGACAGAGAGUUAUGAUGAACUGGGAAACCGCUACCAGCUCCCAGCGUACACUUUAGCCCCACCGGUCAACCUCGUCUCUGAAACGUCCUGUGAUGGCAAAGUUUGCGAAUCCACGCAAAAACAAGCUCAACCGCCUCCAUGCAGACAAGAGUUCCAGCUGCGGGUGCGUUUGUCAACAGGUAAGGAUGUACGCCUGACAGCCAGCAUUGCAGACUCCAUCGCUGAGCUAAAGAAACAAUUAGAGGAGCAGGAAGGAAUCGACAUGACUCGCCAGAGGUGGUUCUUUUCUGGGAAACUCCUGACCGACAAGACUCGACUGCAAGAUACCAAGUUCCAGAAGGACUUUGUUGUCCAAGUGAUUGUGAAUGUGAACCCGUCAGUGAGGGCUAACUGAGGAGUGACACCGACGGCUGAGAAGUAAAGAAAAAAAUUCAAGGAUGUGCCACAGGGAGCUGCAGGAUUUAGGGUUGAAAUUGCUUUUUUAGUUGGUACUGCACUGGAGUUUUGUGUACAUUUUUAUAUAUAUAUAAGAUAUUAUUGCUUUUAUAUUGCUCCUUUUUGUAUUUUCCUUAUUCCAAAGAAGAAAGAAUACUGAAAAGCACUGAAACACUUUAGAGGUUUAGAAGUAGAGUCCUAAUAUGCACAUCCAACUGUCUGUCUCUGUUUUUGUGUGGACAUUAACUUUUUUAUUUUAUUUUAUUUUUUACAAGGAUUCCUCUCCUUUUCAUGUGUGCUUGUACCUGUGCUUACUUAUGAAUCAAGUAUGGUUCACCUCUGGGAUCCAAAUAAGGAAAAGCCAUUGUCCUCUUCUUUUCUUCUUUGCUUUUUAUUUAUUUAUUCAGUAUGUCAUAUUUCUGUCAUGCGAUUUGAAAAUUGAAAGAUGUAAAUGUCAGUUCUGAAAAGUGUUGUUUGUUCAUGUAACUGUGCGCACGUUUCCUAUUCAAUUUACAUUUGUUUGUUCAUAAUGAAGUCACAGAAUGUAAUGAAGGCACUUUCUUAAAAAGUAAUAAGAGAUGAUCCUAAGGUUUUCAUUUCAUCACUCCAAACAGGAUGCUGUAGUGUAAUUUACAACAUGAUACUCCACUGUACUUGAAUAAUUUUCCAAUAAAUACUGUAAAUUUCAA